UCGUAUCAAAUCUUAAUUAGAGCAUCUUGCUACAAGAAUAUCUACCAUAUAUUCGCCACUUAAACAUUACCAGAUGAUCCGUUCAACUAAAAAAGUUUUUGAGAAGUAGAAAGUGUUAGGGUAGGUGUUGAAUUGAACACCAUAAUAAAUUGAUGACAGUAUCACAGCACCAGAAAAUGCGGUGGAAUCUUCGGCGGCGAAGAAAGAGAAAAUCAGAAGCGAGGGGAUUUCAAAGGUCAAAUUGGGUAGAAGAUGAUCCCGAAGAUGAGCUUGAGAUUAUAAUAGCAUCAAAUCGAAGCCAGGAACUAACUCCAAUUUCUACUUCCGCUGCUUCCUCACCGCGAAAUGGAAGUAGUACUAGUAGAUCAGGGUUCAAUGCUAUGACUCCAGAAGCUCUAGAAUGUUUGAAAAAAGAGCUAUACCUAUAUGCAUCGAAGGAUAUGUGGGCUGAAGCAGAACCUACAUUCAAUCAUUAUCCUGAUAUGGUCUGCACUCCAUUAACGGCUAGUGGAGACACAACUCUUCAUGUGGCGGUGAGUGCGAAAAGCAAUUCUUUUGUGGAGGGUUUGAUGAAACAUAUGACUCGAGAAAAGCUGCGAAUACCAGACUCAGAAGGGAACACAGUUUUCUGCACAGCUGCAAUAUCAGGAAAUGCUGAUCUUUUUACAAUUAUGAAGCAAAACCAAGAUCUUUUCGUCAUCCCAAGACUUGAUGGGAUGCUUCCGGUUCAUUUGGCUGCUUUAACUGGCAACCACCAAAUCGUUCAAGAUCUGUCUUCUCAGGAUCUGCUUUCCAAAAUGACACCCCACGAUAUUCAACAACUCUUCUUUAUCACCAUUAGAAGUCGUAUGUUUGAUGUUGCAAUGACUUUAUUUAAAGCGUAUCCAUCUGAUUUGGCUGCUGCAAAAGAUGAUCAAGAGAAUCAAGAGAAUCAAGAGAAACAAACAGCUUUGCAUAUGCUAGCACGAAAACCUCCGGAAGAAUUAACGUACAUGAAAGAGGAUGACAAUAAAGGAAAGGGCAUGCAAUUGCUUGAAAUGAUAUGGAAUCAAGUUAGACAGUUGAAACACAAGAAGAUUUUGGAGUUGAUAACUCGACCUUCAAUAGUAUUGUUUGAUGCAGUAGAAUCAGGUAAUGUUGAGGUUGUGAAAUGGCUUCUUUACAUGAACCGUGAACUACUCACCAUAAAAAACAUUGAUGGACGCAACGUACUGCACUUCGCUGUUUUAUGUCGACAAAGAAGUAUUUUUUCCUAUAUACUUAAGAUGGGAACUGUGAAACUUAUACUGCAAGCACCCGACAAUACAGGUAACAACAUUCUACACUUAGCUGCACAUCCUCGCCAAAAUGAAGCAUCCUUAGAUUUCAGAGCAAACAUUCAAAUGCGAAGGGAGCUCGCAUGGUUCAAGGAAGUGGAGAAGAGUGUUCCUCUUGAACUAAGGAGAAUGAAAAACAAGAAGGGCAAGACACCAUAUGAUGUAUUUUAUGAUAAACAUAAGUUGUUAUCUGAAGAAAUAAAAGGAGCAGCCAAAGAAAUAGCGAACUCUAGCAUGCUUGUGGCAACACUUGUUGCUACAGUAGCAUUUGCUGCUGCUCUGACUGUUCCAGGUGAUAAGACCAAUGUGUGGUUUAUUGUCUUCAUCUUGACAAAUGCAGUCGCAUUAUUCACUUCUUCUGCGUCUAUACUCUCAUUCUUGUCCAAUUUCACUUCAUCAAGAUUUGCAGAGAGCCAAUUUUUCAUAUCACUGCAUCCUAGCUUGCUUCUCGGGGUUAUGUUACUUCUAAUCUCCGUUACCGCUAUGGUUAUAGCUUUUGUUGCAGCCUCCUUUCUGAUAUUUGCUCACACAUCCAAGUGGGUUGCAUAUGCUGUGGUUCCAAUGGGGUUCUUCCCAAUACUACUCUUUCUUCUGUUUCAAUUUAGGCUUUUUGAUGAUUUCUUGUGGUCUAGAUAUUAUCUUUUGGCAUUGGUUAGUAAAUCUUAAAGACUUUCUCAUUUUCUGUCUCUUAAUUCAUAGAAGGAUGUUUGAGAAAUAAUCUUGGUGUUUGAAUUUGAGAUUAAUGUACUUCUAUCUCAUUGUGACUUA